AUGGAACUCCUAAACAAAACUGCUGUUUCUGAAUUCUUUCUUCUGGGGCUGACAGAUAACCCAGAAUUGCAACCCUUCCUCUUCUGCCUGUUCCUGUCCAUUUACCUGGUUACCAUUCUGGGAAAUCUUCUCAUAAUUCUGGCCAUCAGCUCUCACUCUUGUCUCCACACCACAAUGUACUUCUUUCUCUCUAAUCUGUCCUUUACUGACAUCUGUGUAAGCACGAUCACAGUCCCAAAGAUGUUGGUGAACAUCUGGAUGGAGUACAAACCCACCAGUUACAUACACUGCUUUAUUCAGAUCUACUUUUUUCUGGUUUUCGUUGGAAUGGAAAAUUUUCUUCUUGUAUCAAUGGCUUAUGAUUGUUAUGUGGCUUUCUGCCAACCACUUAGGUACACAGUCAUCAUGAACCCACGCUUCUGUGUUGUGUUGAUUUUAUGUGCCUUGUCCUUUAGUAUUUUGGAUGCACUGCUGCACAGUCUGAUGUUAUUGAGGCUGUCAUUCUGCACAGACUUUGAAAUCCCCCACUUCUUCUGUGAACUUGCACAGGUCCUCAAAUUUUCAUGUUCUGACACUCACAUUGAUAAUAUACUGAUAUAUGUUGAAACUUACAUCUUUGGUGGGGCUUCUAUCUCUGGAAUUCUGUUUUCCUAUUUUCACAUUGUGUCCUCUGUCUUCAGAAUACCAUCAAUAGCGGGAAAGUAUAAAGCUUUUUCCACUUGUGGGUCUCACUUGUCAGUCGUGUCCUUGUUCUAUGGGACAGUUGUUGGGGUUACCAACUCACCCAGAAAGACUGCAGUGGCUUCAGGGAUGUAUUCCAUUGUCCCUCAAUGCUGA